AUGCCGCACCCAUCCCCUACCAACCCCACCACACCCAUCCCCUGCAACCUCAACGACACCCAUACCCUGCCAACCCUAUCACACCCUUCCCCUCCAACACGACCACACCCUUCCCCUGCCAACCCCAUCACACGCUUCCCCUGCCAACCUUACCACACCCAUACCCUGCCAACCCAACCACACGCUUCCCCUGCCAACCUUACCACAUCCAUCCCCUGCCAACCUUACCAAACCCAUCCCCAAGCCUACCACACCCAUCCCCUAGCAACACUACCAAACCCAUCCCCUAGCAACCCUACCAAACCCAUUCCCUGCCAACACUACCAAACCCAUCCCCUGCCGCCCCUACCAAACCCAUCCCCUGCCAACACUACCAAACCCAUCCCCUGCCAACACUACCAAACCCAUCCCCUGCCAACACUACCAAACCCAUCCCCUGCCAACACUACCAAACCCAUCCCCUGCCAACCCAACCACACGCUUCCCUUACCAACCCCACUACACCUAUCCCCUGCCAACCUUACCACAUCCAUCCCCUGCCAACCUUACCAAACCCAUCCCCAAGCCUACCACACCCAUCCCCUAGCAACACUACCAAACCCAUCCCCUAGCAACCCUACCAAACCCAUUCCCUGCCAACACUACCCUGCCGCCCCUACCAACCCAUCCCCUGCCAACACUACCAAACCCAUCCCCUGCCAACACUACCAAACCCAUCCCCUGCCAACACUACCAAACCCAUCCCCUGCCAACACUACCAAACCCAUCCCCUGCCAACCCAACCACACGCUUCCCUUACCAACCCCACUACACCUAUCCCCUGCCAACCUUACCACACCCAUCCCCUGCUACCCCUGCCACGCCCUCCGCGCACCAGGGAUGCCUACAAAAGAACAUCAUCUAAUUCAGAAGGAACAUUAG